AUGAUUCUUUAUGGAAAUUGCUCAGCAGUGAUUCAGAAGAAAUUAUUAAAGAAAUUGACUGAUCCCAGCAGUUUUAUCAUUCAUUGUGUGAUUGGGGAAGGAAUACAAGAGAAUGCUCUAACAGACUCAGGGACUAGUAUAAAUUUGGUGCCCUACAAUUUGUUCUUGAAGCUAGGGUUAGAAGAUUUGAGGCCAACAUGGAUGGCCCUACAGAUAGCAGAUCAUUUAGUGAGAAAACCCCAAGGAGUGGUUGAAAAUGUGCUUGUGAAAGUAGACAAACUCAUUAUCCCGGUGGACUUUGUGAUCCUUGAUGUGGAUGACGAUGUCGAAGUCCCUUUGAUCCUCUGGCCCCCAUUCCUCAACACUUUAGGUGCUUUAAUCGAUGUCAAGGGACGAAAGAUGACAUUGAGAGUGGAGGAAGAACAAGUGGUCGUGGCAAUAAACCCUUUGGAUGAGUACUUGGAAGAGAUAGAAGUCAAGGAAGUAGGAAAAAAAUCUCUACCUCUCCACCGAUACAACAAGUGA